AUGCAGCAUUCCACAGGUAACUCAUUACCAAAAUCUGGAAAAAGGUCGGAAAGAUAUACACAAAAAGAACUGAGAUUUUUACUCGAGGAAGUUCAGAAGUAUCCAAAUAUUAUAGAGUCUCCGAACAGUCAUAGUGAGACAAAACACAGAAAGUUUGUAUUAUGGCAACAUAUUUCUAAAAAGUUACAAAAUAAAUUUCCCCAUUCCAGCCACAAAUCUCCAUUUCAGCUCAGGAAUUGGUGGAAAAGAACCAACAGUAGAGCUAAACAACGUCUGUCUUGUGGACCAUGUACGAUGGAAAAAUGUAAAUUCGCUGAAAAUGGUAUCGGAGAAGUACACGAAAAUAGUCGAGGAUAUUUUAAGACAAUUUUCUCCGAAGUCUGCGAGUUUAGGCGACAGAUAAUGGCUUCUUAUACACCUGAGAAAGAAGAUUCAGAAUUUACGAAAUUUUUAGAGGAUACUUCAGAAGAUCAUAGUUCAGAAGAUGGAGAACGAGCAUGUGGACCUUCAGAAUCCAGUGAAUUGGGCAACGACUCAUCGAUAGAAUCAUUCGGGGCCUUUGCACAUGGGAACGCUUUAUCUUUUGGUUAUAAUAGCAGUAUAGACUUACACGAAAAUGAUCAAGUUCGAAAUUCAAGUCCAAGAGAUGCUCAAAAAGUCAAUAAUAUUUCUCCUCAAAAUAUGUUCGGUUACGACCCGACUGUAACAAUUUUUAAAAAUUAUAAUGAAGGAGAAUCUGUGUUACAGAAGGAUAAUACUAGUAGUUUGCUUUACCAGAUUUUCACAAACGCAGUAGCGGAUUUUCUGUCGAACUAUAAACAUUUAAUUGAGAAUCCAUCACUUUGUAAUAUGAGUGGAAUAUACUAUUCUGACACCAAUGGGUCGUAUAAAAAUCUUAAUGAAAACAGUGGUGACGUUUUGACGGAGGAAUUAAACUCGAAUGGAACUUCGUCUUCGUACUUCACCGAUGCUUCUAAAAACCUUGAAUUGCCAACAAAUGAAAAUAAUAUGUUUUACAUUCCUUCAUUUUCAAACCGUUCUAACUGUUUGCCACUGCUAAAUGCGUCUAAAUCGUUCAGAAAGAUUAUUAGUGGCUCUGACUGUUCAUUUUUGUGGCUCGAACUGAUGCAGAUCGAUAAUGAAAUUCUUAAACUUAAAAAGCGAAAACUGGACCUUGAAAUUACUAUUUCAGAUGACUGCCUGAAUGAUUAUUUACAAAAACUGCAUGUACCGUAA